CUUGUCUGCGUGCGGGCCACGCCAGUCAAACCUUGACAUUGGUACGCAACAGGUGACAGCUGACAUCCACUAUGACAUUGGGAGACUUACUGUCCCAAAUGGGUAUAGGAUCGAAACAUCUUACUGAAAGAUUUUCCCAUUCGGAUUUCGUUGGACCCUCUUCGCCACAUGAUUCCCACGUAAUUUACGCGUACGAACCAUCACACUCAUCGCAUGGGCACGUUGCCUCUUCUAAACACCAUCAUGGAGGCGGUGGCCAUAAAAGCAACGCGGCAAUGUCGGCCCUGACGCUGCUGGCAUUCUUAUUCUUCCUUCAUAUUCUCCAGCAGUGCCUUAGGGACCACAUGAUGGCCAUGAGUACUCCCCCAGUCAUGAUUAUGACCGCAAGUAGAGAAGGCGAAGAGCCCAUCUCAAAAACUGCAGCGAACAAAGUCGACAAAUACGGAAAAAGCGAAAAUCAAAAAAAGGGUAUCGAAACCGGAAAAAGUAGAACACACGAAGACGAUUCCAAUGAUAAAAAAGAAGUAUUGAUGAAAAUCAAUACCGCCGAGCACACGCCGAAACAUGGAUCGCCAAGUUAUGUCAGAGUGUUCAGAAAUUACGGGAAUAAAAGUUUGGAAUACCGCGGAUUUGUAAGCGCGAUGGACGAGGAUUUUAAAUAAAUAUUGGUUUUGAAAAUUAUGCGAAUGCAUUAUUUGGUACAGCGUUGUCUGCU